ACUUUCCCUCUCGCAGUUCUCCUAUACCGCUAGUGUCGUCUGGUGGGGAACGGCGACAACUCUCUUAGAUUUCGUCGUCUUUCUAGUAGGCAAAGUGUCAGGGAAACCAAUCGUUAAAAAGAAAAAACUUUCAAUAGAAGAAAAAACAGCCAUUUCGCUGGAAAAAAACUUGCUCGUGAUAAAAGAAAAGCAGAUACUAGACGGUUAAAGGGAAAUCCAUUAAACCUCCCGUUUGUUUCCAGGUAUGGGGAUUUCAAAGAAGAAAAUAAUGAAAAACUUGCCAGAAAAGCUGUUAAUAAAGUUUGUAAAAUGAAAGGAUUGGUAAAUAAAAACCCUGUUGAGGAAAGUGAAACAGACCUUCUGCCUCACAAUGGAAAUGAACUCGAACAACAUUCUUCUACAUCUGCAUAUGAUACGAUGUCUACAGCUGACAGCUGUGCCAGCAUAGUAUUGUUGUCCUGUUUGGCAAGCCAACCAGAGCUUGAGCCUCAAAGUGAAAUUGAUCAUCAUCUUUCCACCUCUUUCAAUUAUACCAUGUACUAUCAGAACAGCUGUACCAACACUCUAUUAAGUUCCGGUUUGGAACAGAUGGAAAUCGCUGCUAGUAUUCACAUUGCGGCUCUACAAGGAGAAAGUGUCACCGAACAGCAGCCAUGUUAAAAAAAAAAGGAUGAAGCAGCAGAAGGAGAGAAGGCUGAAAAUUUGUGGAAAGAAAAACAAGAGGAUGUCUACAAGGCUUUCGUAACAUCACAUGCCUCAUCUGCUCAUGGGAGGAUGUGUUCUUCAGAUGGAUGUCUUAAUUCCCUUUUUGACCAUCAUAUUCGCUGUGAUGAUUGUUAACGUCACCUCUGCCAUAGCUGCGAUAAAUCCAUUCAUUUUCGGUUACCGUUCCAUAAACGAAUAUGGCUUAAUACGGAAAGCUCUAAGGUAUUGGACCACACACAAUUUAUUAAGGAAAACGGAUCAGUUUUCAAGCAAGGUAUUGUCAUUUUUACAUGUAUGCGUUUUUAACUUUCUUGUUAUUUUACAGAUGUCUGCGUCCCAUGCUUCGUACCUCAUAAAUGCUGCGAUAUAAGCUGCCAUGGAUCGAUGUCACUUAUUCCCAAUAUUACAGAAUCAAUCGUGGUUGUCACUGAGCAAGGUCGAUUUGUUUUAAAGGGGGCAGCUUUCGUUUGCGAUACUUGUAAUUCUCUAACGAAAGCAACAAUCGAUGAUUAUGUAUUUUCUGGGUUUUUCCCGGCAAGUUUAUCGGAAACGGUCACAUACCUGUUUUCAGAAGAGGCACUUCUUCUAUGCCACCACAUUUCCCACAAAUGUCCAGGUUCUUCGAAGAACAUGUACGCUCACACUCUUGAAGAAGUAUCUAAGGAAUAUGGACGGACUGGACCAAUCAAUAUACCAUUGUUCACUACUGCGGAAAGAGAGUGGGAAACAUGUCGCCACUACAUUGACCAGGAAGUAUUUAAAAGGAACAAAAUUGAUUGCCCCAGUUGCGGAACAAAACCUUUAGUGAGAUCAUCUGAUGCUAUCAUUAAGCUGAGGCGUUUGGCCUCUGCCGGAAAAGCGAGGAAACCAGAAAAUAAAAGAGUAAUGGACGAUGUAGAAUCCAGGUUCGAGAAUUUAGUAAUCAAGUCGGAUGUUGAAGUUGAAAGUUUUCGUCAAAGGAUUUACAACAAAGUUCAAACAUCGAAAAAGAAAAACAUGUGUGGGGGAUCGGCUUUUAAAGCUGCAAGAGAAGAUUCCAAUGAAAAUAAAAAAUAUGACGAGACUGGGCUCGUCGUUAGCUCUUGCAAGCACUGUAUAGUGCCGUAUGCCAUCAAUAUGUUUAAAGGUGAAUCGUGGACACAUACGGCAUUUAUGCAUUACGAAGCUUGGAAGAGUCAGGCUACAUUCUUUUGCUACGAUGUUGUGUGUCAAUAUUGGAAAUGGAUGCAUCAAAAAGUUGGUCUGGAAUUUCCAGAAUAUAUGAUGCUAACAAAAGAAAUGACAGGAAUUUUGCCGAUAAUGCAUCAAAUGGCACAUCAAUUACCUUGCCAGGUGCUUUGGAAUCCCCGAUGGACAAAAGGACUUGGAUUAACCGGAGGAGAGGAGCACGAGCAAGUAUUCUCAAAACUGUAUCUUUAUGCUUAUGUUCUCAAGCAUAUGUCAAAAAUUAACAGAGCGGAUUUUCUAACAUUAGCCAUCCUCUAUUGGAACUGGAAUAAAAUUCAGAACAUGCCAUUCCUCUUACGCAACAAAUUACAGAGAGCUAGGAAGGAAAUCAGAAAAGGCGUAACAAAAGUUGAAGAAUUGUUACAGUCAUACAACCUUGAAAAUGGUGAUCUCCCAUUGAUUCACAAGGAACUGGAAAGAAAAGCUAUAGAAAUCAUUGACCAACGAAGAACAAAGACUACUCCGGUUGAUAAAUUAAGAAGAAUGCUGGAAGGAUUUUAUGUUCAGCUGAAAACGGUUCGCAUAAAAAUCUCUAAAGAAGCAGAAAAUUCGAAGGCUCGGACAAAGUUUAGGCGAAUUUUAAUUGAAACUAAGAAAAAAGUUUUACAGACAAUUGACCUUUUAAAAUCAAAGGAUAAAGAACUACCAAUCUCUUACGAGGAUUUCAAUCAAGGUAUUUUUCCUUGGGAAGCAGUCAUAAAUGAAAACGACACUAACUUUCCAACACUUUCGUAUGCCGAUAAAUAUCAUGUUGUUGAUUGUUGGAUGCUUUUGCAAAGAGCAAAGGAGGAAGUUGAACUAACUAAGAUUGAAAUGAUAAACUACAUUCGAUUCUUGACUGACAAGCGAUCAUCGUUAAAACAAUUAACACAUUCUGAGGAAGCGGACGAAACAUUUUGUAAAGGAAAAGCAGUCAUGGCCCAUUCCGAAAUUGAGCGUCUGAAUUUACAAAUUCAACUUUCUCUAAAAAUAUUUAAUUUGAAUUGUAACAACGAUUUUUCGAAUUUCGUACGUGAAACUAAUUCAAAUUCUGGAACAGAAUUUGAAUUUGAAACAUCUGAUGAGGAAACUGACAAUUCUUACACAAAAUUUGAAUUUUCUGAUGAGGAGACUGAAACACAUUCUAGUGACUCUGAUGAUUAUUAAAUAAACGUAAAAAAUACAAACUUAA